AUGGUCGUUACUAACAGCAGAGAGUAUGUUCCUCGUUUAGACGAAAACGGCAAUCCCAUUCCCAAAUCGGAGAGAAAACCAAAGAAAAAAGUGGCAUGUAUGAUUGGAUACUGUGGAACCGGUUAUAAUGGAAUGCAGAUUCAAAACAACCCCGAUGUGAAAACUAUCGAAGGAGAUUUGUUUGAUGCUUUUGUGAAGGCAGGGGCCAUUUCGCCCGAGAAUGCUGACGAUUUGAAGAAAAAUGCGUUUAUGAGAGCGGCUAGAACCGAUAAAGGUGUUCACGCAGCAGGAAACGUUAUUUCUUGUAAAUUGAUCAUAGAAGACCAGGAUAUCUUGCAGAGGAUCAACAGUCACUUGCCAGACCAGAUUCGGGUGUGGGGCAUUGAAAGAACAAACAAAUCUUUCGACUGUAGAAAAAUGUGCUCGUCAAGAGUAUACGAAUAUUUGUUGCCAACCUACAGUUUGCUUCCUCCCAAACCUAAAACUGUUCUUGCGGAGCUUGUGCGUAAGGCCAGGGAGGACCAUCCUGGAGUCCUAAGAGAAGAUACUGAAGGUUCCGAGUGGUGGAAAAAUACUGCCCAAGCCAUUCGCGACGCUGGGAUUACUCAGGAAGAUUUAGAUGCUGCCCAGGCGGCUCUAGAACUGUCCAGCAGUCUGUCUGGAGAAACCAAAGUAAAGACACACAACGAGAAUGGCGAGAUUACUGAUAUGGGAAGACUUAUUAAACUGAUAAAGGCAAUUGAAAACCAACAAAGAAGAGCCUAUAAUGUGUCCAAUGAAAGACUCAACUUGUUCCGUGAAGCCAUGAAAUUGUACGAAGGUUCACACAACUUUCACAAUUUCACCAUUGGAAAACCAUUUAAAGACGCUUCGUCCAGAAGAUACAUGAAGGAAACAACAGUAUCAAAUCCAUUCAUUAUUGAGGGAACCGAAUGGGUUUCGAUCAAGAUUCAUGGUCAAUCAUUCAUGCUCCACCAAAUCAGAAAGAUGAUAGCCAUGGCUGUUUUGGUGGUCCGUACCGGGUGUCCAAUCACCAGAAUCAAGGACUGUUUUGGACCUACCAAAAUUAACAUUCCCAAGGCUCCUGCUCUUGGACUUUUACUUGAAAAUCCGGUGUACGAAGGCUACAACGGAAUGUUGGAAAAAUUUGGAUAUAACCGAAUUGACUUUGAAAAGUACAAGCAGGAAAUGGAUGCUUUCAAAAUGAAGUACAUUUAUGACAAAAUCUAUGCUGAAGAAGUGAAAGAAAAUACAUUUUAUGGCUUUUUCGGGUUCAUCGAUACCUUCAAAGCAGGCGGAGAUUCGAAGGAAGGAAAGCACAUUUUUGACUUUUUGGGAGCGGUUUUUGAAUCGGGUCUUGAUGAGAACGGUAAUGUUGUUGGUGGCUACGAGGAAGAGCAAGUGGAGGUAAAGGCGCAAGAUAAUGUAGAUUAG